UAACCGCUUGAACAAAAAAAACAAAACAAAUCGCGGUAGCUGUGCAAAAUAAUUCGGAUUUCUGAAAAAGUACUGAUUAUUUCAGAAUAAUUCUACUGAUAGUGCUGUGAAGACACUAUAUAGGAUGGGAGUAACAAUUCUACAGCCUUAUUUAGUUCCCGAGAACAAGACAGGGGCUCAAACUAUCGAGGCUCUCACGAAACAGCUAACAGCGUUAGGAGCUGUUCAGGCAGGACACUUCCUAGUAGAUUGUGAGACAUACAUGAGUUCAAUUCAGCAAAUAGGAAAUCCACCAAAAACUGUGCAUGUUCUGCAUUCUUCUGAGCAUCCAGCUUCUGUUUUCUCAAUCUUAGACACUGGAACUAAGCAAAUUCCCCUGGUGGCUGAUGGUCUUUUUGAUUUGCUAAUGCUCAAGAUGACUCCUCACUACACGUCCAAGAAGCAGACAAAAACGGAAUCCAAAGGACCCCGAUUCGAAUUGGGCGAUUUCUUAAUCAAACUAGGAAGUGUGACUAUGAGUCAGUCUUUUAAGGGUAUCCUCGUUGAAGUUGAAUAUCGUCCGUGUAUCCUCCCAGUGAGUUGUUGGGAAUUGAUGAGGGAAUUUCUGCAAGGAUUUUUGGGGAAUUGUGUACCAAAUACAAUUCCGUCCUAUUUCACCAAUCACAAUAGAAUCAAUGAAAUCUAUCAGCCAUUGGACACAAUCCAGCAAUAUCUGGAACACUUUACUAACUACAGAAAACAAACAACUCCUGCUGUGGGAAUGAGGCAGUAAAUGUUGUUUUUUUUUUUACAAAAGGUGAGAAUAAAAAACAUUUUUUAUUUUAAAAUUUUGUAAUCAUUGCGAUUUUGUACAGUAAGUUUUCUAUUACUAGACUCUCAAUAAAAUAUAUUAGGUAUUCUUAUUCCUAAAGUAUUCCCUAAAUCUAUCCUUUAUCCUAUCACAGAUACAUAAUUUAAUCUAAUAUUUUCACAUUAUAUUUUUUUUUGAGGACACACGCGUUCCUAUUCAAACGAUAAAACAAAUUCACUAUUACAGCAUUUUCUUCCAAGUGAUUUUUCCUUGUAAAAAGAAAAUCAUCAUCCAAACAGCCUACAAAAAAACGUUAACAGGGUUUUGAUCUAAGCAUUCUGAAUUAUCUCAUUAAGAAUAUCAAAAAGAAAUGUAAAAUAGAAAAAAAACUAAUCAAUCCACGCGGUAAAAUGUAUAAAUAAUCUGUAGGCGACGUCUUCCUAUUUCCUUCCUUAAAGUUUCCAAUUGGAAGGACUUGAUAGUCAGUCAGUGGUACACAGUUUGAUUUUUAGUGUUACUAUGAUACUAAAAAUCGUCAAAUAGUUUCCUUUCUGUACUGGAUGGCAUGCGUGUCUUUUUGGCAUCUGCUUCUGGAUAUUCAUCAAAGUUGCUAGUAUCCCCAUCAAAUCGUACUUGUGGCACAAUUGGAGGCUAAAAAUCAAAAUGAAAUUGAUUAAAAAACAGUUUUAAGCAUGGUUGAACUAUUCAUGGUAUAGCGUAAUAGGGUUUGAUUUUAUUUUAAUAAUUACAUCUUUAUUUUAUGAUACUCUUUAUAGCGAAAUUAGAUUUUGUUUUGUUAUAAAGGGAAACCGAGAACACGCGAUUAAUCAAUAAAACACCUGAGGGAGACCUGGGGCCGUAUACUCCAGAUGUGAGAGUUUGAUUUUGUGGGAAAACCCAACUCUCCGUGUCGAACUCGCCUAUUUGGUAUCCACGAAAUUUUCGAUUGGAAAUUUUCUCAUCAAAAAACCGGGGAGAAUUCUCGGGUGGUAUUCCCGGUGAGAGUUUGAUUAAUUUACAUAGAAAAUAAGGAAAGAAAUUAAAAUAUCGCGUUUUUUUAAGUUUUAAAUGGUUUUUAAAUGAUUAUUUCACUCAAUAAAUACAAUUUCCGUAUAUUUAUAAUAAAUUUCAAUGAAGUUUUUUUUCUUAAUAAACUGUGCAGGAAUUUCGAAUUUUUUUGUUAUGAUCUCUUAUUAUUUUUCUUUUGAGUUUGAUACCAAUCAUUUUCCAAAUUGUUUAUUAAUUUAAUAUUAUUUUGUUUUAGCUCUCGUAAAUAAUACGGUUUUGGCCAUUUAAUGCCCAACGCACAAUAAUUUUUGUUUGUAAACAUGUUUUCAAAAUUUUCUAUACGUGUGAGGGAGAUGACUAGAUCUAGAUCUCACUCACUCUUAUUGAAAUAUCAAAAACAUGUUUACUAAACAAAAGUUAUUGUGCGAUGGGCAUAAUAAUUGCGAAAAUAUCAUGAAUAUUUGUCGAGUCGAGGUUCUCAAGUAUUGUAAAAAUAUUACAAAAAAUACUCGUCAAAUCCGAAAACAAUACCAAAUUAGCGACCAAGAAAACUUUUCUUGGCGAAAACUCGUAACCUCGUAUGCCUCGCCGCUUAAAAAUUGGUUGAAAAAAUCACAAAAAAUACAAGAAAAUGUGAAAAUAUUGAAAAAAUAAAUAAUAAGUACACCUUUUUUUCUCUUCCAAAUUCCUGUUGGAAUUUUACUUAUUAUUUUCAAAACAAGAAGCCCAAAUUAUAAAUAAGAAUUUUUAAAUUUAACAGAAAAAAUAUAUAUUGAUAUGAAUCCAAUAAUCCUUGCUAAAUUGCUAAAAAAAAAAAGAAAAA